AUGGCUUCCGCAGAGAUGCAGCAGGCUAUCAACGAGGCCGCUUCGGCCUAUACCAAGCCUGAAGGAAAGAUAUUUGAAUAUGGAACAGCUGGAGCAUAUCUAGACGUACCAUCCUGUGGUCUAACGCGAUGCCAUAACAGAGACCUCCUCAACACUGUCGUUUUUGCGGUAGGACUAUUGGCCGGUCUGCGCUCGAGGAAGCUCAACGGACAGUAUAUUGGUGUCAUGAUCACAGCCAGCCAUAAUCCGGCUGAUGACAAUGGUGUCAAGUUGGUCGACCCAAUGGCUGAAUGGGAGGUCUAUGCUACUAGAUUGGCAAACGCUCCUUUAGGAACUCUGGGGGAGGAAUAUGCCAAGCUCGUCCAGGAAAUCGAGAUUAAGAUGGACAACCCUGCGCGUGUCGUCUUUGCGCGAGAUACCCGAGCUUCUGGAGCUAGGCUUGCGACUGCGCUUAGUGCAGCUAUGACCGCUUCGGAAGUCGAGUCGACCGAUUUUAAGUAUAUGACUACUCCCCAGCUUCACUACAUUGUUCGAUGCAAGAACACCCUGGGUACUCCUUACGAAUAUGGAGAACCAACCGAGAAGGGCUACUACGAGAAACUCAGCGAGGCAUUCAAGAAGGUUAUGAAGGGCCGCACGACUACCGGUUCAGUGACUGUUGACUGUGCCAAUGGUGUUGGUGGUCCAAAACUUGCGGAGCUCGUCAAGUUCAUACCAGCUGCCAAGGAUGGUGGGUUAGAUAUCAAUGUUAUCAAUGACGAUGUUAUUAAUCCUGACAGACUAAACUUUGAGUGCGGAGCAGACUACGUGAAAACAAAGCAACGUGCUCCCCCUUCGUCCAAAGCCGGUGGACAGGAAAGGUGUGCCUCGCUUGACGGAGAUGCUGACCGAUUAGUUUACUAUUAUAUGGAUGCUAGUGGUGUCUUCAGGCUCCUUGAUGGUGACCGCAUUGCCACUCUAGCUGCCUCCUUCAUCGGUGAGCUUGCAAAGAAUGCAGGAGUUGCCAGCAAGAUCAAGAUCGGCGUUGUCCAAACUGCCUAUGCCAACGGUUCCAGUACCGAAUAUAUUGAAAAGGUCCUUAAGCUCCCUGUCGUCUGCACGCCUACCGGUGUCAAGCAUCUCCACCAUGCUGCAAUGAGAUUUGACGUUGGUGUUUACUUCGAGGCCAAUGGACAUGGCACCAUCACUUUCUCCGAGCACGCUCUGAAGACCAUCAAGACGGCCGAGCCCCAAUCCCCGGCCCAAAAGUACGCAUUGGAGAGCCUUGUUGCACUCACAGACCUUAUUAACCAGGCAGUUGGAGAUGCGCUCUCUGACAUGCUCUUGGUUGAAGUCAUCCUCGCCCACAAGGGUUGGACCUUGAAAGAAUGGGUUGCAACAUACACCGACCUGCCUAACCGACUCGUCAGGAUCGAAGUCCCAGAUCGUUCUAUAUUCAAAACCUACGAUGCUGAACGGAAACUUCAAUCUCCUGCCGGUAUCCAGCAACGUAUCGAUGAUCUUCAAUCACGUUAUAAUAAGGGUCGAAGCUUUGCUCGUGCCAGCGGCACGGAAGAUGCAGUUCGAGUAUAUGCUGAAGCCGCCACUCGGUCAGAGACCGACGACCUAGCUAACCGUGUUGCAGCUGUUGUCCAGGAAGCUGGCAAAGCUGCUGCUGGGCAGUGA